AUGAUCCCCAAUACCAGUAUUGACCUAUCCCCAAUUGAAGUUCCGCCACCCACAACUCUCGAGCAAAUCCGGACCUCAAAACUCCGCCCUUUUGGCUCUGUUCUCUCCGGCAUCGACAAGCAGUCUCGCACUGGAAAAUUAUAUGUCUCAUCCGUCGGCUUGUCAGAAGACGAGCACGAUCUUACGUUUCAUGGUGGAAUCGACAAAGCCAUCCAUCAAUAUUGCGUCAGUCACUACGCCUUCUGGGGCGAAUUGUUCUCAUCGCCCGAAAUUUGCGCGAAGUUUGUGCCUGGAGGCUUUGGCGAGAAUCUUGUUGCUAAUGGUUUUGACGAGAGCAACAUCUGCAUCGGCGAUCUAGUGAGAAUUGGUCCCUCGGGCUCUCUUCUUACCGGUGGUAGCAAUGGUUGCCUUUUGGAGGUCAGUUUGCCGAGGCAACCUUGCUUCAAGCUGAACCAGCGGUUUGGAAUUAAGAACUUUGCACCUCGAACUCACCAAGAGGCUAAGACGGGAUGGUAUUAUCGUGUGAAAGAAGAAGGCUGGAUUGAAGAAGAGAUGGAAAUUCGAGUCAUUCAAAGGAGUCAUCCUAGAUGGUCAAUUGCUCGGCUGCAUCAUUAUGUCCACCGUGACAAGACGGAUAUCUCAGUGACACAAGAGCUCAUGGAAAUCGAGGCGAUGGGCGCCGAGUGCAAAGAUGUUUUCGAAGGGAGAUGGCAAAAAAUUCAGGAAAAAGAAAAUGCCACCACGCAAACAUGGAGGGACUUCAAGAUCAAGUUAAAAUCCCCAGAGACUCCGCGGAUAGUUCGGCUUGAUCUUGAAGCUAUUCUGAAAACUAAACAGCCUACCGAUAUUGCGGCUGGAAGCCAUGCCGUGAUAAAACUACCCAACGGAUUAAAGCGGGCAUACUCCAUUGUCAGCGGCAACACGAAUUCCUUUGUGCUUGGAGUCGCCCUGGACGAUACUAGCCGUGGCGGCUCAAGUUAUAUCCACGAAAGUCUCAAUUCUGGAGAUAUUGUGUCAUUGGGUGCGGUAUCACAGAGCAUGUCUCUAGACAAUAUGGCUUCACACCACAUCUUUAUCGUUGGAGGCAUUGGCAUUACCGCAUUUCUGGCCAUGAUGAAGCGCCUUAUUGAUACAAACCAAACAUUUCACCUCCACUAUGCGGUCCGGAAAUCCGAUGAAGUCGCAUUUAGGUCCUUGCUAUCGGAGCUCGGCCCAAAUAUUACCAUCUAUGACAAGUCUCAGUGGCAGCGCUUGGACAUGUUCGAUAUAUUCAUGAAUCGGAUUUGGAACAGCCACAUCUAUAUAUGCGGGCCACAGAGGAUGAUAGAUGCGGGAAUAGAAACUGCCUCUGCUAUUAAAAUGCCUUCCGACGAGUUGCACUAUGAAGUCUUCCAAGCUGAUACAUCAGGAGAUCCAUUCACUGUGGAGGUUGUCUCCGACGAAAGAAAAGUUGACCUGCAAGUUGAAUCCGAACAAACGCUCUUGGAAGUCGUGAGAGAUGCUGGUUUCGAAAUAGGCAGCUCUUGCGAAACAGGAAACUGUGGAACUUGUCGAAUCAAGAUCAGAUGCGGAGAGGUACAGCAUCGAGGAUCGGCUCUCACUAAAACAGAGCAGAGAUCCGAAAUGCUUUCAUGCGUUUCCCGGGGCAUUGGUCACAUUGUUGUCGAACUGCCCGAAUGUUGA